CAUGUCAGUGAAGUUAUUCUCGAUAAUGUAUCCAAAGUGGAUGUGAAAAGAGUACUUGUUGUGGGUUCUGGUGGUUUAUCCAUUGGUCAGGCUGGCGAAUUCGACUAUUCAGGUUCACAGGCCAUUAAGGCUCUACGUGAAUCAGGCAUUCAUACUAUACUUGUAAAUCCCAACAUCGCCACUAUUCAGACAUCACAUGCUUUAGCAGAUACUGUGUAUUUCCUACCUGUUACUCCUGAAUACCUUACGCAUAUCAUUGAACGAGAACGACCCGAUGGGAUAUUAUUAACAUUCGGUGGUCAGACUGGGUUAAAUUGUGGUAUAAAGUUGGAUAAAAUGGGUGUUUUGGCUCGAAAUGGUGUUAAAGUAUUGGGUACGCCGAUUCGUACUUUGGAAGUAAGCGAAGAUAGGGACUUAUUCGCGCAGGCAUUGAAAGAAAUUGAUAUUCCUGUUGCAGAAUCCACUGCAGUUUCUACUGUCGAUGAUGCUCUUGCAGCCGCUGAACAAAUAGGUUAUCCUGUAAUUAUUCGUUCAGCGUUCGCUUUGGGUGGGCUUGGGUCUGGAUUUGCCUCAAACCCCGAAGAAUUACAUAGUCUGGCUGCCAGAUCAUUGUCAUUGUCGCCUCAAAUCCUUGUAGAAAAAUCCAUGAAAGGUUGGAAGGAAGUUGAAUAUGAAGUCGUUCGUGAUGCUGCAAAUAACUGUAUUACUGUUUGUAAUAUGGAGAAUUUUGAUCCACUUGGAAUUCACACCGGUGACUCUAUUGUUGUUGCUCCAAGCCAAACAUUAAGUGAUGAAGAAUACCAUAUGCUCAGAACUGCUGCAAUUAAGAUAAUUCGUCAUUUGGGGGUGGUAGGUGAAUGUAACGUUCAAUAUGCUUUAAAUCCUCAAAGCCUUGAAUAUAAAGUCAUUGAAGUAAACGCUCGUCUUAGCCCUACCGGAUAUCCUCUUGCUUUCAUUGCCGCAAAGAUUGCGUUGGGUCACACACUUCCUGAACUUCCAAAUUUAGUUACUAAAACUACUACGGCCUGUUUUGAACCAUCAUUGGAUUAUAUUGUCACAAAGAUUCCAAAAUGGGAUCUCAGGAAAUUCCAGCACGUCAAUCGUGAUAUCGGUAGUUCCAUGAAAAGUGUAGGUGAAGUUAUGGCAGUCGGUAGGACAUUUGAAGAAAGUUUACAAAAGGCUAUUCGUCAAGUUGAUCCUUCUUUUAAGGGUUUCCAAUCCUUGCAAUUCCCAGAACUUGAUAAGACACUUAAAAAUCCUACCGACCUUCGAUUAUUUGCCAUUGGUCAAGCGAUGCUUGAAAAAAAUUACACGAUCGAUCAAAUUCAUGAUCUUACCAAGAUUGAUAAAUGGUUCCUUUAUAAGCUUGGUAAUAUUGUUAACAUUCAACAUGAUCUAAAACAUGCUGGAAAAUUAGAAAACGUAUCCAAAACAUUAUUGCAAGAUGCCAAGAAAAAAGGGUUCUCUGAUUCACAAAUUGCCGCCUUAUUACAAGAAACCAAUGAAGAUCAAGUACGCAAAGUAAGAAAGGAGCAUGGAAUUACACCAUAUGUCAAACAAAUUGAUACUCUUGCAGCUGAAUUUCCUGCCAAGACGAAUUAUUUGUAUACUACCUAUAAUGCUACGACUCACGACAUUGACUUUAAUGAUCACGGAACCAUGGUGCUAGGUUCCGGAGUAUAUCGUAUUGGUUCAUCUGUUGAAUUUGAUUGGUGUGGGGUUUCAGCCAUCCGUGCCCUUCGUAGAAUGGGCAAGAAAACUGUUAUGGUGAAUUACAAUCCAGAAACAGUUUCCACAGAUUUUGAUGAAUGUGAUAGACUCUAUUUUGAGGAACUUUCAUAUGAGCGUGUAAUGGACAUUUAUGAAGCAGAAAAGGCACAAGGUGUUGUAGUAUCUGUGGGUGGGCAAUUACCGCAGAAUAUUGCGUUACGAAUGUAUGAAAAUAAGGUAAAUGUUUUAGGAACAAGCCCUGUCUCUAUUGAUAAAGCUGAGGAUCGAUUCAAAUUUUCGAAAGUUUUGGAUGAAAUCGGUGUGGACCAACCCGAAUGGAAGGAGUUAUCCAGUGUAGAAGAAGCUGAAAAAUUUGCUAAUAGAGCUCUACAUAAGAACCUUUCUGAAGCUGCAUCAGUUUCACCGUUACAUCCCGUAGUAAUUACUAAAUUCAUAUCACCCGCUGCCGAGAUUGAUGUAGAUGCAGUUGCAUACAAGGGCAAAUUAUUAAUUCACGCAGUCUCUGAGCAUGUGGAAAACGCUGGUGUUCAUUCUGGUGAUGCUACUCUUGUAUUGCCCCCAAGUGAUACUAACGCAAAAACUAUGGCACGAUUGAAAGAAAUUGCUGGUAAAGUUGCUAAAGCUUUCGAUAUUACUGGACCCUUUAACAUGCAAAUUAUCAGAAAAGAUAAUCCAAAUGGAGAAUCAGAGCUUAAAGUGAUUGAAUGUAACCUUCGUGCAUCACGAUCAUUUCCAUUCGUGUCUAAGGUGCUUGGAACAAAUUUCAUUGAUAUUGCUAUGCAUGCAUUGUGUGACUAUCAAGUUCCAGAGCCAGUUUAUCUUAUGGAAGUAAAGAAAGAUUAUCAAGCUGUUAAAGUACCACAAUUUUCUUGGACUCGUUUACAAGGAGCAGAUCCUUUCCUUGGUGUUGAAAUGGCAUCUACAGGUGAAGUUGCUUCUUUCGGUAAAGACAAAUAUGAAGCAUAUUGGUCAGCCAUCCAAUCUACACAGAAUUUCAGAAUUCCUAAACCAGGAAGCGGUAUACUCUUAGGAAAAGAUGAUUUGACGAAUGAAGAUGAUUUUUACGCUGUCGCACAUACACUAUCUAAAGAUUUAGGACACCCAUUAUAUACAUCAUCACCAAAAGUAACAGAAUACCUUGCGAAACGAGGUAUUAAAGCCACAACAUUAAUCCUACCAGAACAAAAUAAACGUGCAUUACAUCAAGUUUUCCAAAAUAAUAAAAUUGAUUUCGUUUUUAAUCUCGCACAACUUCGGGCAUCGGAUGUAAAUGAUGAGAACUAUAUUGCCAGAAGAUCAGCAGUAGAUUUUGGUAUUCCAUUGGUCAAUGAUGGUAAAUGUGCUAGAUUAUUUGUUGAAUCUUUCAAGAGGAAGCGUCAAGAAUUAGGCAGUUUGUCAGAUGGUCAAUAUCCAGGUGAAGUUAAAAGUUGGUCAGAAUUUAUUGGAGGAAGAUAUUGCUAA